GGCUGAGUGUGAAGUAUCGAUCAGCUUCCAUCUUCCUUCAAGUCGGUAAAUAGGAGAGAAAAACGUAAACUUUGCAGAUAAAUUUGCUAUUUCAUGUGCCUGCAGUGAUUUAUAUGACAUAAAAAUAAUGGCUGUGACCAGUGGAGUUUCCUUCGUUCUCUCCCUCAUCCUCACAAUAAUCCUAUUCUCCGGAAUGCAGAUGUACAAAGGCUGGCUAGCCUCCUCCCAACUGCACACAAUCCUUGGAGGAUACAUUGGAUCCAUGCUAUUCAUAUUUAUUCUCACAGCACUGGGGAAUCUCGAAUCCACUGUCUUCGGAAAAACUUUUCAAAUGAAGCUCUUUCCAGAAGUCUUCAUCUCCCUAAUCGUCUCCAUGAUCGCUUCAGGACUGGUUCACCGCGUCUCCACGACAACCUGCUUCCUCUUCUCCAUGGUGGCACUCUAUUACAUAAACCGCAUUUCCCAGGAGACAUACGCAACACCCACUGCAGCAGCUACUUUGCAUACGAAAAAGAGGAAGUAAUUCGUGAAUAAUUCAUCUGUUAUCUCAUUCUAACGUAAUAACUAAACGAUUGGUGAAGAUGAAUCCUCAAUACUCCAUGACCUUCAUCUAACUGAAACAUGGGAAUGAACAAUGGAAAUAAUGCUUCAAAAAGUCAACAGGUACCUAAAAAAAUGAAUUUUAUGGGCUGAAAAAAAUUUCUGGGCAUUUCUAUUCAGAUCGACGAGUACCAGAGACAUUUUUACAAUAAUUUUUAUGAAUUUGUGGAUUCAUCUGCAUUUUUCAUCCCUCAGUCAUGGAAUUAAUUUCACAAUCGUUUCAUUCAUUUUUAUUCACCAGAAGAAUUUUUACACAUAAAGAUGAAGGAAAGAAACAAUCAAUCAUGUAAUUUUAAUAAAUCGAUUUUUUAAUCAA